AUAUCCAGGAGUGUUCAUACAUUGAACUUACCAACUACCAUACACCUCAACAAAGUUUUAACAGCUUUUUCAACACAGUCGUUCUUUUAUUUGUUUUUUGUUUCUGUCAUUGUGAAGAAGAGUUUUAUUGGAAUCACAAUCAAUAAUGGACAAACAUUUUAUUAACAACCCGGAGGAACUUGUCGUCGAGUCUCUUAAGUCAUUGACUGCCGUUAACCACACGCUUUCCGUAAAUGAACACGAGAAAAUUGUCUACUACCAUGACUACGACAAGAAGAAGGUAACCAUUAUUUCCGGCGGAGGUGCAGGACACGAGCCUACACAUGCAGCUUUUGUCGGUAAAGGUAUGCUGACAGCUGCCGUUUCUGGAUCUAUUUUCGCCUCUCCAUCCUCAAAGCAAGUCUACACUGGUAUAGAACAAGUCAAGUCUGACGCCGGUACGCUCGUUAUUUGCAAGAAUUACACGGGCGAUAUUCUCCACUUCGGUAUGGCUCUUGAACGUCAAAAAACUACGGGCAAGAAUAUUGAAAUGGUUGCUGUAGCUGACGAUGUCGCUGUCGGCCGCGAAAAGGGCGGCAAGGUCGGCCGUCGCGGUCUUGCUGGAACAGUCAUUGUGCACAAGGUUUCUGGUGCUGCUGCUGAGGCCGGUGCUGGCUUGCAGACUGUCGCUGCUAUUGCUCGUCAUGCUAUCGCCAACUUGGUCAGUAUUGGCGCUUCUCUUGCUCAUGUUCAUGUCCCUGGCCGUGAAGACACUGACAACGAGGACAGCGUCAAACAUAAUGAAUUGGAGCUUGGUAUGGGCAUCCAUAAUGAACCUGGAUGCCGUCGCAUUUCUCCCAUUCCCAAAAUUGAUGACUUGAUUUGUGACAUGUUGAAACAGUUGCUCGAUCAAAAUGACAAGGAUCGUGCUUAUGUGAACAUUCAAAAAUCGGACGAGGUUGUGCUGCUCGUGAACAACUUGGGCGGUCUUUCUGUCCUUGAGUUUGGUGCCAUCGCCUCUAAGGUCAAGGAGCUUUUGGAAGCCAACUACGGUAUUAAGCCCGUCCGUAUUCUUGCUGGCACUCUUAUUACAAGCUUGAACGGUCUUGGCUUCAGCAUCACCUUGUUGCGUGCAACUGAUCGCCUUAACUUAGAAGGCAAGGAAUGGUCUCUUGUUGAUUUGCUGGAUGCUCCCACACAAGCUACUGGUUGGCCUUACACCGAGCCAGCUCCAUUAAACUCGGUCAACAAACUCUCUGACGUUGAGAUCAAGGAUAACACCGAUGUUAUUAAAUCGCCUGUGGCCAUGAAUAAGGAAGCUGUUCGCAAUGCUAUCAUUAACUCCAUGAAUACCUUAAUUGAGCAGGAGCCCAUUAUCACAAAGUACGACACUAUUGCCGGUGAUGGUGACUGCGGCACCACUCUUAAGCGUGGAGCUGAAGCUGUGCUGGAGUACGUCAAGUCUGACAAAUUCACUGAUGAUCCCAUCCUUAUGGCGCGCCAAAUCGCUGAUGUCGUUGAGAACAACAUGGACGGUACAUCUGGUGCGCUUUACGCAAUCUUCUUCCACUCUUUCGCCAAGGGCGUGAGUGAGAAGGUUCAAGAGCUGAAGAAGGUUGAUACAGAGGUGUGGGCGGCUGCUUGCCGUAUUGCUCUUGACACGUUGUAUAGAUACACGCCUGCUCGUGUUGGAGACCGCACCAUGUGUGACGCCCUUAUUCCCUUCGUUGAUGAGUACGCAAAGUCGCAUGACGUCCACAAGGCUGCCAAGGCUGCUGAGGAGGGUACGGAAAAGACGAAGACGAUGAAGGCUAAACUCGGUCGUGCCGUUUAUGUUGGUGAUGAGCUCACCGUUCCCGAUCCCGGUGCUGUUGGCGUCGCUUCUAUUAUCAAGGGUUUCGCAAAAUAGAUUAUGAUUAUGGAUCGCCAAUUUUUUGAUGGUAUUAACGUAACUACUUAAUGAAAAAAUUAUUGUACUCAAA